CUUACCGGCGUACUGCCAGCGCUAGAAAGUGCCACGACUCCACACAGAUAUCGACUGACUCCUCAAGCUGGGGAUAAGAUUUUUUUUUAGUUUGUUUUUUUUGCUGGCGUGGCGAAGGCAGUUUGGUUAGAGAUAAUCACUUCUGUUUAAACUCUUCCUGAAGUGAUUCAUCCAACGGAAAUCUGCCGCGAGAAAAGAAAGGAAGCUACAAAUCAUGGACAUCUAUGAUCCUCAGACCCUUGGAUUUGUGGUGUUUGGUGGCUUCAUGGUGUUCUCAGCCAUUGGGAUUGCGCUGGUCUCAACAUUUUCCAUGAAGGAGACCUCGUAUGAAGAAGCUAUAGCCAAGCAGAAGAAGGAGCAGGGGAAGACCCUAUCCAGCCAACGAUCAGAUAAGAAGAAAAAGGACAAGGCAGCUGAGAAGAAAAACCGUGCUAAGAAAAAGGAAGAUAAGCCCAAUGGGAAGCUCCUGGACUCAGAGGCCACUCCUGAGGUUUCAGAAGAGCCCAGUCCUUCAACUCCUACAGGCCCAGAACAAGUUGCUUCACCGGCACCUAAAUUAGAAGUCCAAACUCAGAAGUCUCACCAACCCAGCCUUUCUCAGAAGCCCGCUUCACCUGACCUGGCUCAGAAAUCAGCUACACCUGCUCCAGCCCUGAAAUCUGUUUCACCUACCCAAAAGUCUACUACAGCUCCUCCUGCCCAGAAAUCCUCUCCGACUCACUCUGCCCAGAAAUCUGCUUCACCUCCUCCUACCCAGAAAUCUUCACCUGCCCCAGCCCAAAAGUCUGCUCCAGCUGCCCCUGCACAGAAAUCCACUUUACCUGCCCCUUCUCAGAAGCCUGCUUCAAUUGCCCAGAAUGCCCAGAAAGCCACUCCAACUGCCCCUGCUCAGAAAGCAGGUCCACCUGCCCCAGACCAGAAAGCCACUCCAACUGCCCCCGCACAAAAAUCCUCUCAACCUGCUCCAUCCCAGAAAGCUACUCCAACUGUCCCUGGCCAAAAAGCUGUUCCUCCUUCCUCUGCCCAGAAAUCUGCUCCACCAGCCCCCGCACAAAAAUCUAACUCCUCUCAACCUACCCCAUCCCAGAAGGCUGCUCCAACUGCCCCAACACAGAAAUCCUCUCAACCUGCCCCAACACCAAAAUCCUCUCAACCUGCCCCAUCCCAGAAGGCUGCUCCACCUUCCUCUGCACAGAAAUUUUCUCCACCGGCCCCUGCACAAAAAUCUGCCCAAACUCAAAAAGCUGCUCCAUCUGCCCCUACACAGAAAUCCUCUCAACCUGCCCCAUCCCAGAAGGCUGCUUCAAAUGACCUGACCCAGAAAGCUGCUUUACCAUCCCCAGCUCAGAAGUCCUCACCACCUGACCGAAAACCUUGUCCACCUGCCCCGGCCCCUUCACAAAAGGCUGCUACAGGUACUACCCCUCCUGCAUCCCAUCCUGCUCUUGAAGAUGCUCCUGAGGAUAAAGCCCCAUCUCCUAAGGAUAAGAGGAAGAAGAAAUCCAAAGCAAAGUCUGCUUCAGCUGAGGUUCAGCCCAAAUCUGUGGCUCCAUUGGAGAUGGUGACCAAAAAGGUUCCCGUCAUGGCUGUGCCUCCAGUGGGUACUUCAAAAGCUGCUUCAGCAACUGCUGUGCCAACCGAAACAAAAGAGCCCAAACAAGAAGCUCCAGCCAAGAAGAAAGGAGGCUCUAAGAAGAAGUCAGAGCCAGCGGUAGCUGCAGACCCCGCAGACAGUCCACUGUACCUGCCCUACCAGGCCUUGCUUUCCACGGUGAAGAGUAUGGUGUUCACUGAAGGAGAGGCCCAGCAGCUCAUUGAGAUUCUAGAUAAAGCUGGCGUUAUUCAAGACACAUGGCACAAGGCCACACAGAAGGGUGAUCCGGUAGUUGUGCUGAAGAAACAGCUGGAAGAACGAGACAAGCAGCUGGCAGCCGAGCAGGAGGACUCAGCGGCUGUUAAAAGCAGACUGAGGGAUUUGACUAAAGAGCUCUCUGGGGAGAAGUCAAAGGUGGCGUCUGUAGAGACCAGACUGAGCUCUCAGCUGAGUAAGCGUGAGCAGGACAUUAUUGCCCUACAAGCACGCAUGCAGGCCAGUUAUCAAGACCACCUUGCAGAGACUCAGCAGCUUAAUGCCAAGAUCUUGGCUCUCCAGGACCAGCUGGAGAAAGGCCCUAAUGCUCAGCUGGCCCGUCUACAGCAGGAGAACUCUAUCCUCAGAGACGCACUUAACCAAGCCACAAGUCAGACGGAAAGCAAACAAAAUGCUGAAUUGGCCAAACUGCGUCAGGACUGCAUUCGGCUGAAUAAGGAACUGGUGGAGAAGAACGAGGCCUUGCAGGCUGACGAACAGCUCAGGAAAAAUCUGGAAUCUAAAGCUACCAUGGCUGAGAAACAACUCGCCCAGCUGCAGGGGAACUGGGUGAGCAGUGAAAAGGCUCUGCAGAAGCGUCUGGAAGAUGUGAGUGAGGAGCUCAGACAGACCCAGAGCAGCAGAAACAGCCUUCAGACACAGCUUGAACAUGCUCAGAAAGAUGCCACUGCUCUAGCAGAGGCUCAAGCUCGUGUGGCCAGUAUGGAGACGGAAAUGAUAGAGCAGACCAGACAGUUAGACAGGCUGCAGAGCCAGCUGAAACUGCUGGAGGCCAGCCAGAACAAAGAACAAAACCACAAUUCAGAGGCUUUGAUGGCUGAACUGGAGCAAGCAAAGAGCAGCCUGAAGGAUAAAGAAGAGGAGCUGAUCCAACUAAAAAACAUCAUUGCAAAUCAGGAUGAUAACACAAAAGAGAUGCAGCAUUUGCAGCACAGCGUAAAAGAAAAGGAUGACCAAAUAGCAACUCUUCAGGGAGAGCUCCAACAGUUUAAUGAAAAGAGUUCAGACCCUACCAGACUUGAAAACACAGAAAUGCUGGAACAGCUACAAAACAGUCUGAAAGAAAAGGAGUCUCGGGUGGCUUUAUUUGAAGAAGAGAUGAAGCACUGUAAAGAACAGUAUGACACUAAACUGGCAGAUAGCACAGCCAAACUGGAGUCACUACAUAAAAGUGUAACUGAAAAAGAGAGCCUAGUGACAUCACUACAACAGGAAGUGCAGCAGCUCAAGGAUCUAAAUCAGUCACAUGGCAAGAAUUACGAAAGUUUGGAGGAUAUGCUGAAAUCUGUCCAGGCUGAGACCAAAGAAGUUCUUCACUCACUUUUCCCACACAUCAACAUAGAGACAGCACAGACCAAUUGGCUUCAGGACUUUGCUGUGAAAGCACAAGAGGUGCUAGAUCAAAAGCAACAGAGCCAAGAAUCCCAGCAGAACACAGAAAUGGUGGAGAUAAUGGGGAAACUACAGGCAGCCCAGGAGAGUCAGAGCACAUUACAGUCUGAGUGUGAGCAGUACAGGAGUGUACUGGCUGAGACGGAGGGGAUGCUGAAAACACUUCAGAAGAGUGUAGAGGAGGAGGAGAGGGUGUGGAGGACCCAGAUAAUUGAGUCAGAGGAGAAACUAAGGAUGGCACUCAAAAAGGUGCAGGAAUUAGAAGAGACAACAGAGAGCUUGAGAGCGGACAACCCGAGGACCCAACAGCUGGAGGAGAACGUGAAGUUGCUUGAAGCCCAGUUGGAGAAACAGCUCCAGUCAGCGUCCACUGACAGCCAGAGUCAAUCUGAAGAGAUAGCACACUUGAAGCAUGUUUUGGCAGAAUCAGAAAGACAGUUGAGUGUGGCCCAGCAGGAGAUGCAGACGCAGAGGGAGGAGCUUUCACAGGUCAGACAGCAACUGAGUGACGUGACAAAGCGAGCUAAGGGAGUGGGAGAGAACGGGCAGACUGAGGCAGAAGAGUGUCAGGUCCAGGCUCAGCUGGAACAGACACUGGAAAAUCUACAGGAUGAACAGGCUCUAAACCUGCAGCUUUCUGCAGAAGUGGAGCAGACUCAGGAGUCCCUCAGAAAACAGCUUCAGAGCCAUCUAGAGCAGAUGAAGUCAGCUGAAGACACUGCAGUCAUGGAGGAUGUUGCUCAGCUGAAGGAGUGUCUAGAGAAGGAGCGAAAGAUGACCAAAGAUUUGGGCCAGGCAGCCACCAAACUCCAACAGCUGCUGAGAAACAGUCAGGACCAACUGGCCAGAGAGAAAGAGAAAGCCAGGACCUUGCAGGAUCAAUUGCCAGACAAGGAGGGGGAUGGAGAGCUGAAGCAAGGCACUUCUGUUUGAGGUGCAAAACAAAAAACUUGCCAAAAAUUGCCUUAAGAUGACCAAAAUGAAGCAUUCCAAAAUUAGUUUUCUUCCUUUUUUAUUUUUUUUUGGGCAAACUAGUCUUGGGAGAAAUAUUUUGAAGACUUUUGGGGAAAUCUAACUCCUGAAAACAUUUUAUUUUGGAGAUGUGCUGGAACUAUUUUCACUUUACAUUCCAUCUGAAACCUUCUGGCUAUGUCAGAAAAUAUUCCUCAACUGCCUUAUAUAUAUUCUCAGUGUUCCCGCAUCUGUCCUCCUUAUGUCAGUGUUAAAAGGGAAACCGCAUGUACAUUAUGUGUACAUCAACUAGUGCAAUUAAUUUCUUGUAAGUGAAUGAGUAUGCAUAAUUGUAAGGUACAUGGGUACAGCAUUUGGAAUGGCCUCUCUGUAGCUGGCUUCAACACCACUGUAAUAAGUUUGAUAAUAAAUAAUGGCAUCCUUGCUUUAAUUUA